AUGAUUAAGAAAGUCCUGUUUGGAGCACAACUUGUGACCUACUUAGCAUUAGUCAGCAAUGGAAACUGCAUCGCCGUUCAAAGUGAAAAGUAGCCUGCAAGUGUUCAUUUAAUAGAAACUACCCAAAACAAAUUAGAGGUUGCUGAAAACAUGUUUAGAGGAGUUUAUGGCUUAGAAGGUAAGCCAGCUCCUGAUUCAAAUAUCAGAUAAUUUAUCCUCAGCUAUAUACUCCCUCCUGCCACUUACGAAAACAUGAUAACCUUUGAUGACUCUACACAGCAAGUCAAACCAGUUGAACUUAUGACAAAUACGAAUCAAGAGUGCAAAUUCUAUGCAACCUCUUCAAAGUCAUUCGCUUCUUAUUCAAGUUCAUCAGUAAACAGUCAGUCAAAUGCAUGGUCGGUUGGCUAUGAAAAUGAGGUUACUGUUUCUGCUGAAGUCGGAGUUGGUGAAGAAGGAAAGGUCUCUGCUGAGACGACAGUAAAAAAUGGAUUCAACUUUGCAGUCAGUGAUGAACUAUCUUAGGAAUAUUAAUUUGCAUCAACUUCAAACACUUACACAAUGAAUCAAGUCGCUGUUGCGAAGAUGUUUUCAAUGACUUGGGAUAUUUAGCAUCCUUUCUAACUUGCGCCAACAUUCGCUUCAGCCUUGUAGUCUUUGGGACAAAAUUAGGCUUCUACAAUUUAAGACACCUAUAAUUUGGUGAACACCUUUGGAACCCAUUUUUAUAGUUCCGCAGUGGUAGGGGCAAGAGCUGAAGUUCAACUCUUCUCUGAUGGUUCUUCAACUCAAGAAUCAUUUAACCAAGAGGCAACAAAGACAUUCCAAGGAGGAGUCACUUUAAUGAAUCUUGGAUUGAGUUACACUAGCUCAAGUUCUUCGCAAUCUUCGACCUCAGGAAACGUAACUGGCUCAAAGAUGACAUAUUCUCUCAAUACAGAUGGAUGCACAAAAUCAUCAUGUGGAACAAUCCAACGAUGCGAUGCUACCAAGCCAAAGAUCAUUUAGUAUACCUUAUAGGGGGUAUGGGAACUCAGCAGCAAAUUCCCUUAGUAUAGCGCUGCCUUCUAAAAAAUUAAGUUUUUCUACGAUUAGGCUUAAUUAAAGGGAAUGGAAUGUAGAUAAAAUUACUGUAAUGGCCAUGGAAUUUGCCCACCAACCGGAGGGUUUAAUAUGAAUCAACUUUUCAAUGGUGUUGUAUAUCAGAAAUGUGUUUGUGAUUAAGGGUUCAUUGGCUCUACUUGCAAGCAAGUUGAGGUUCCUUUCCUACCAGUUACUCUCAAUUAAUGCAAAUAAUGUGCUUCUGGAAAUAACGGAGGUAGUUGUCCUAGUGGAGUCUACACAAAGAAUGGUGGCAUAGUCAUUGGCGAUGGUUGGUCAGAUUUCCAUAGAUCAUUCAAUGGAGUUUGUCAGGGCUCACUUACUAGUUCAGGAGGAUCGGCUGCGCUUUGUUGUCAGGAGGAUAAUGGCUAUUCAAACAUCGGGGAGUGCAGAUAAUGUUCUUCUUGUGGAGGAGACUACCCUUACUAUGGAGGACAUGUGAAUAGGUUCGACACCUGGUCAUAUUAUUGGUGGAACUCUUACACUUUUGGUGGUCAGUGCAGUGGGAGCAUAGCAGACAGAGCUGCAGAAAUCUCUGACGGAAGACACGGAAUAAGUCUGUGUUGUAAAAGCUAACCCAUUUGCCAAUGGUGCACUACUUGUGGAGGUAAGUACCCAAAUUCAGAGGGACAAACUUCUGUAAGCAGGGACUGGUAUCUUGCUACUAACACUAAAGGAGAAAAAUGUGGCAAUGAGGGAUUCAGCUAAAACUGGUUCUAAGGAGGAAUCAACUUAUGUUGCAUGCAAUCUACCAAACUCUCUGAAUUUCUUGUUGAACCGGCAGAUCUUCAAGUUCCUUUGACUUCAUCUGGGGAUAGUUACUUCAGGAUUCUACAAGGCCUCUCAAAUCCUACAUUUAGUAAGGGUACGAAGAGGUGUGAUGAUGGAAAGGACUAUGAUGUCCUUACGAUUGCAGCUGGUCCUUCUCAAAGUUCUCCAAGAGUAGCUGGAGGCAUGAUUGUUCCAAGAGAUCUUGCUUGGUCCUCUGCAGAACCUGCCAGUCCAUAAGAUUCUUUCUCUAUCCACAUUGAAGAUUAAACUAACUAUAUGACUAUUGUGGGAUGGGGUUAUUUCCCCCCUAAUCCAAGAUCUCUUUACAGAGGAUAGCUUGACCUCAGCAGAUUCAUCAUAAAGGGGAAUAAUUACUAAGGAUAUUUCAAACAAAUUGUUUGCUAAGGUACUUCCUAUGUUGCAUUUGACCUUCUUCCCAAGUGA